UUCCCAAGACUUUCCAGACGAAUGGCGGCACAGUUCCCCCUGAAGUCGGCCUAGGACGCAUACUAACCCCCUUGUCCCCCACUCCUUCCUGCUGUCCUCUCUCCAUCUGUCCACAUCUGUACGCCGCGCACAGCCACCGUUGCCUCGCGGCGCUAACACCGAAUGAAAAAAAAAGGAGUGAAAUGUCUAUUUUUUUUUUUCUCGGAGUGUUUUCCAUAUUUUUACAAGCUCAGCGAAAAAUCCCACCGUUACCCCACCGCACAGUGCUGCCAAAUUUCAAAAUCCCGUGUGUUUUUUCUUCUUUUGAUUAUUUUUUCGUGGCAUUUCACCAGCCGAUCGCAACAUCCUCUUUCCUGCCUCCCCCUCUCCUCCUUUAUCGAUCGCGAGCUGCGCCGCCAACCCUUCCCCACCGCGAAAAAGAGCGAGCGCGAAAGAUACGUCGACGAUGACGACGACCAUGGCGAGCGAAGACAAGGACGACGAAAUCGCACCUCCAUUCAGCGAGUAAGCGCGUUGCCGGUGAGCAGCUUCUGUUUGGCGCCGCUCCAGUCAUUCCUUCCAAGCCCCGUGAAAAACCUCCGACGUUGAAGAUGCCCGCAACGGUGAACGGCAAGUCCCCGUCGUCGGCGGCGUACGCUCCCCCGCGACGGGUGCAGGAGCGAGCCUUCGUCAAGAGCAUGGCCGAGUACGAAGAGAUGUACCACAAGUCGGUGACUGAUCCCGAAGCGUUUUGGUCGGGCUUCGCGAAGACCUUCUACUGGAAGGAGCCGCACAAGGGGAAGUUCUUCGACUACAACAUCGACGUGAGGAAAGGCCCGGUGUUUGUGAAGUGGCUGGAGGGUGCCAAGACGAAUGUCGCUUAUAAUCUGCUCGAUCGGAAUAUCGACAGGGGGCUCGCCUCGGAUAUCGCCUUUUACUGGGAAGGAAAUGAUCCCGAGGACGCCGCGAAGCUCACUUACCAGGAGCUGCUGGACGAAGUAUGCAAGUUCGCGAAUGUGCUAAAGCAAAAAGGCUGCAAGAAGGGCGACAUAGUAGCCAUGUACAUGCCCAUGAUCCCACACUUGGUCAUCGCCAUGCUAGCCUGCGCCAGGAUCGGAGUUGUUCACACCGUCGUCUUCGCAGGAUUUUCGUCGGAAGCUCUGGCAGAGAGGAUCAGAGAUGCCAAGUGCAAGAUGGUUAUCACAGCUGAUGCUGUAUGGAGAGCUAGUAAGUUGGUGAAUCUCAAAGACAUUGUUGACAGUGCCAUCGAGAAUGCAAAAGAAGCGGGUCACACGGUGGAGAAGGUGAUCGUCGUUCAACAUUUAUCGCCCGGAGAGACAAGCCUCUUGAAGAAUAGAAACGAGCCAGGAAAAAGGCCUUACACUCCUCUGCAGGUAUCGUGGAACGCCGUGACCAACACGUGGUGGCACGAAGACAUGCGUGGCCAAUCGACAACAUGCGAACCGGUAUGGCUAGAUGCAGAAGACCCUCUCUUUCUUCUCUACACAAGUGGUUCAACGGGAAAGCCGAAGGGCAUCGUCCACACGCAAGGUGGCUACAUGAUCUUCACAGCUGCGACAUUUAAGUAUGUGUUCGAUUACCAUUCUGGGGACGUGUACUUCUGCACAGCGGACAUCGGCUGGAUCACAGGCCAUUCGUACGUCGUCUACGGCGUCUUGGCCAAUGGUGCCACCAGUGUCCUCUUCGAAGGUGUUCCCUUUUACCCUGACGCUGGACGCUUGUGGUCCAUCGUUGACAAAUACAAGGUGACCCAAUUCUACACUGCCCCCACGGCUAUUCGUGCGCUCAUGAAGUACGGAGAUCAUCAUGUUCUAAAAUACGACCGGAAGUCACUUCGAAUCCUCGGUAGCGUUGGAGAGCCAAUCAACCCAGAGGCAUGGCUGUGGUACCACAAGGUGGUUGGCAACAAGAACUGCGCAAUAGUCGACACAUUCUGGCAGACGGAAACAGGAGGACACGUGCUGACACCCCUGCCAGGAGCUACCCCAACAAAGCCGGGCUCAGCCACCUUCCCCUUCUUUGGAGUGGAACCGGCCAUCGUGAAUGAAGAAGGAAAAGAGCUCAAGGGCGAGGCAGAGGGAUACCUGGUCUUCAAGAAACCGUGGCCUGGCAUGAUGAGAACUGUCUUCGAGAACCAUGUCCGCUACGAGACAACCUAUUUCAAGAAGUUCCCCGGGUUCUACUGCACUGGAGAUGGUGCGAAGCGGGACGCCGAUGGCUACUAUUGGGUGACGGGCCGAAUGGAUGACAUGCUUAAUGUUUCUGGACACUUGCUGUCCACGGCGGAAGUGGAAUCUGCAUUGAUCGAGCACCCUGCCAUCGCGGAGUCUGCGGUCGUCGCCCAUCCCCACCCAGUCAAAGGCGAAUGCCUCUACUGUUUCCUCGUGCUCAAAGAGGGAUACGAUUUUAACGACGCCCUCAUCGACGAACUCAAAGAGAAAGUCCGGACAAAAAUCGGGCCCUUCGCGUCCCCGGAAUACCUCCAGUGCGCUCCGGGCCUCCCCAAGACUCGGUCAGGAAAGAUCAUGCGCAGGGUUCUGCGACAGAUAGCCAGGAACAACCAUGAUUUCGGAGAUCUCAGCACCCUGGCAGAUGAAAGCAUUGUGGAGGCACUUUUCAAGACCCGCCCAGACGUGGCCUAAGUGGUGGAGCUCCUCCUCGGCACUGAACGCCUGGUCCAGUUCAUAAAGCGGGUUAUGUGUAGAUUCCCAUCUAUUUUGACAGGUUUGCUCCGUUCCAUUUCAUUAAUGUUUGACCUGUCCAAAAACAUGUGAUGAAAUAAGUUACGGGUUGUUUAUUGUCGCCGUGUGCAUGACAACUAGUACAUUUUGUCCCUCUCUGGUCAUGGUAAUUUCUUUAUUGUGUAAUUUUUGUACAUAUUGCUUUGAUUUGGUGCUCGUUAAUAUGCUACAACGAGAGCACCUUGAUAUUUCAAUUUUUUAUAAUUUGUACAUAAACGAUCUAGUAGGUACCAAUUGGACCAGUGUAGUAAACUUCAGGGUGUAAAAGACCGGCAAUACCCUUCAGUAUAGGCAUCUGAUAAUUAUAAGCAGGUAGACAGAUCAGAUAAAAUUACAACACCAAUACAUGAACUCAUGAAUACAUAUCGUUGGUGAUAAAUGAACCCUAUGAAACCUUGACUGCUUUUAUAACAGAAAUCGUUCGAGAACGUUAAUUCUGUAGUGACCCCACAGCCAAAAUAUGGUGCUUUGCUAUAUUAAGUGUUACCAGACCUAAUGAUCUUCACAUUCCUUUCCCAUGCAAGAGAGCUUUAGACAUAUUUUGUAUAGUUUGCUGUUUGUUGGACGUUGACACCAACAGUUUGCACUCAAGCGCAGCAAGCAUAUUUAUUGUUGACAUUUAUUGCAAGAAUACCUAACCUUCUAGGUGCUUUGUUGUUGAAAACUGAAAAUAUUUAGGUUCUUUGUUGUUGAGGACUGAGAGUGUUGCGGAGCACCUUGGAAUGUCAUGAUAAUAAAAAUAUUAUGCACAUAUUGGCUAUAGCCCUGGAUACCAUGUGCUCUAACUUCUGUCCAUAUGUGCUGUGAUGUAAAAUGCAUAUCGAAGUUAAGCACAAGAGUACAGUACUGCAGCUUUGUUGGCAUUCCAUGUUCUCACGAUUUUCAUGUCCUGUAAUGUCGAGUUUCAUCAAGUUAUCUUUCUUGCUGCAUGUUUGUUAGUAUAGCAGCAGUUGUCAGAGGCAUUCAAUCAUCAUUAUUGAUGGUGGUUGUGAUGCAAGUGGUGCAAUUCAAUUUCGGACUUUACUCAAUGUAUUGCAGUAACGUACUGUUGACAUUAGUCAGUUCAUUAGAUGUGGCACAUUUCUUUGACUGAAUGAUGGUAGUUAAAAGUAUGCAACCGGGCGUUGUGAGGCUUGUGUUGUGUUUGUCCUUAUAUGUUUAAUUGCCCCAUCCACUACAAUGUUACAUUUGACUUAACGUGGAGAGGUGGUCCAGUAGUGUCUUUUUGCUCGCUCAUCGCAAUAUCACAUUUCUUUUAACAAAUUUACGAAAAUUAGAACUGUAAUUGACCAAUUUGAUGUAAUACAUAGCUGAAGAACAGAAUGCUAAGCAAAUGAUGCUUGCGCCUACAUCCUGAUCAGAAAAUAACGAUAAAAGAACAAAAAUUUCCAUACAUAUUGCUCAAAAGCACAUCCUGCUGUUCUAAUCCCUCUUGUUGUAAUCCCAUCUUUGGUCAUACCAUUGUGGUCCCCCCAUACUUACCAAGAGCUAACAAAAAAUCCCAAAAGUAGCGCUUAUCUCGAGACCCGACUCGGAGAUAAGGGUAGCCUUUCCAGGACUUAGUUCUGGAGCAUAGAUUACUAUGGCGACGGUAGUUUCAGACUACGCAGUUAGAUAAGUGUUUACGGUUUAUGUGGUCGUGCUUGUUGUGAUUAAAUAAGUCUUACAGUGUGUUAGAAUGCCUUCAGAGCAGAUGACAAUCAAUAUCACCAUUGUAAAGCUUUGCAUGUUGACAUCGCAAUGGACAAUCAAGUCUCACAUAUACUGCCUUUACAAUGUUGUUCUGUCUUGUGAGCAACACUACAAUUUUCAUGCAAGCAUUCCAGGUAUAUACUGUAAUUUUUUGGAAAUGUUGUCAGUGUAGGUUAUAUCUUUAAAUAUGAUUUUUAUGAAUGUUGCCUGUUUACAAUAUGCAUGUGCUACAUAUUAUAUCAGACAUACGAGGCUUCUUUUGCAGCAAUGGCUGGGAAGUCCUUCAGAAAACGCCUAGUGUUUAUGUACAGUCUGAGAAAUUGGGGAUCAUUAAAGGAAAUUCAUUGUCCUCACAAA